UAUUAAAUUUCCACUACAAUCUCUUUGAACAUUCAAACUGUUAACCUUACUUUCUUUCUUUUUUUGAUCUGCAUUCCCUCACAAACUCAUGUAGUCAAAGGAUUCAUCCAAGGUGAUGAUGGGAUUGGUGGGUUGUUUACUAGGAAUUAUUGGCUUUGGAAUUGGAGUUCCCAUUGGUAUUUUAAUUGGUUUUCUUUUGUUCAUAUACAAGGAGCCUGCAGAUGUAAAGGAUCCAAUAAUCCGGCCACUUCAUGAUUUGGAUACCAGCUCUCUGCUUGAUAUUUUGCCUGAGAUUCCUUCCUGGAUGAAGCAUCCUGAUUAUGAUCGAAUUGACUGGUUGAAUAGGUUUAUCUCCGACAUGUGGCCUUUCCUCAGUAAGGCAAUUAGUGGUAUUAUAAGAAGCACGGUGGAGCCCAUAUUUGCAGAGUACACUGGCAAGCUUCAGAUAAUAUCCAUAUAUUUUAAGAGUUUGAGACUUGGAACUAUUCCUCCUACAAUUCAUGGUAUCAAAGUUGUCGAAACCAAUCAAAAUGAACUAGUAUUUGAGCCUGUGCUUAGAUGGGCUGGAAAUCCUGACAUCACUCUGGUGUUGAAUUUAUUGUCGCUUAAAAUCACACUUCAGCUAUUGGAUGUACAAAUAUGUGCUGCACCUCGGAUAGCUUUGAAACCUCUGGUGCCAACAUUCCCUUGUUUCACUAGAAUAUCAAUGUCUUUGAUGGAGAAGCCGCAAGUUGACUUCGGAUUGAGAUUAUUGGGAGCUGAUAUUAUGGCAAUUCCAGGAUUGUAUCAAUAUAUUCAGGAAAUGAUAAGCAAACAAAUUGCUAGCUUGUAUCUCUGGCCACAAACUCUUGAAAUACCGAUUCUUGAUGGUUCAGUAGGAGCUACGAAGAAGCCUGUAGGCAUUUUGCAUGUGAAGGUUGUUAGGGCGCUCAAACUUUUAAAGAUGGACUUGUUGGGAUCCUCUGACCCUUAUGUGAAACUCAGCCUUAGUGGGGAAAGGCUCCCGGCAAAGAAAACGUCUAUUAAAAUGAGGAACCUCAACCCUCUGUGGAAUGAGGACUUCAAGCUUACAGUAAAGGAUCCACAGUCUCAAGUCCUUCAGCUGCAUGUUUAUGAUUGGGAAAAGGUCGGGACACAUGAUAAGUUGGGAAUGCAAGUAGUUCCACUAAGAUUACUCGCCCCUCAUGAAACGCAAGAGUUCUCACUUGAUUUAGUCAAGAAUACAAAUCCUAAUGAUCCUCAAAACAAGAAACCUAGAGGACAGCUAGUGGUGCAGAUGACAUUUAAUCCUUUCAAAGAGGAUUAUGAAAGAUUUAGUGGACCUUUGGACAGAUACGCAAGUAAUGAAAGUGGUGUCGGUAGGCUACCCAAACAUGAUGGGUCUAUUUGUGGAGCCGGUUUGCUUUCAGUUAUCCUCCAAAGAGCUGAGGGUGUUGAAGGGAAGUAUCAUAAUAACCCUUAUGCUGUUAUUAUCUUCAAAGGAGAAAAGAAGAAAUCCAAGCUGGUCAAGAGAACAAGGGAUCCAUGUUGGAAUGAAGAGUUCCAGUUUGUACUAGAAGAGGCACCUUUGAAAGAUAUGAUCCAUAUUGAAGUUAUAAGCAAGCGGCUACACUUCAGUCUCCUACGACGGAAGGAAUCAUUGGGGCAUGUGGAUAUCAAUCUCAAUGAUGUGGUUCACAAUGGACGCAUCAACGAGAAGUAUGAUCUUAUCAAUUCCAAAAAUGGAGUGAUAUGCAUUGAGAUACGGUGGGAGGUGACUUGAGAAGAAUCAGGUUAACAAGAGAUGGCCUUUGAUCUUUGCCAUUCUUCUCUUUAUGGGUUUAUUCUUUCGAUAUGUACGGUGACUACAAUACGCAAGAUGGUGACAAGAUAUCGUGCAAAUUUAUACAUUUUUAUUGUUGCAAGGCAACCCCUUUAAUUUGGUGUUGCGUGCUGUAUUGAAAUGACUAAAAUUUUCAAGUGUACUAUCACUCAUCCUAUGUAAUCCACGUAAUUUUAAUGUAAUGCACCACGACUAGACCAUCAUGUCAUGUGUAGCUGAAUCUGAUUCUGUGGUCUGCAUACCUGCUAGACAAAGCCACAAGACCCUUCAUGUUUGGAUUAGCUCUGGUUGGUGUUAAUCUCUUUUGUACUGUUCCAAUUCGAGCUCAACCUUGGAAUUUAGGAACACAAAAUCUA